AUUGUCACAAUCUUGAGAAAACGAAAGGGGAUGAUAAUAGGCUUAGCACAUCGCCUUUCAGUGGCUUCGUUUCCUGGUCCUUCGCCGUUGAAGGGAGGAACGGAAAGCGGCGGUGUCUCUGUGCGGAGCAAGAGAUAGAGUGAGGAAUUGAGGAAGGAAGCAAAUAGCAUCUUGAACCAAAUUAAAAGGCAAAGAGAAAAAGGCUCCGUCAAUAAGAUGACGUGACGACCAUCCCCGCUACGCCCAACAUCAUUGGGCCACCAUUCGAUCUUCCAAACUCGUCGGAGAAUAUCAUAAUUACCCUACACUUUCUUCUAGUGCUGCUAAGUGCUUCUUAAAGGAACAAGUUUCGAUUCUUUCUUUAUAAUCCCAUAUAAUGCUGGUCAAAAAAAUAUAAUCCCAUAAUUUUUUUUUCUCUCCAGAAAAAAAAAAUUAAUCUCCAGAUGGGCAUCUGUUGGAAUUGGACCGUUUCUGCAGCUGAUUUUUCUCUUUCUGUUUCUUGAAUUCGUAGUGGGUUCUCUUGGGGGAAUCAUAUCUGGAUAUUUUUUAGUGGGUUCUUUCGGUUUCUGUUUUUUUUUUUUCUUUUCUCUUUUCUUUUUCUCCUCUUUGGAGCAGUAAUAACGAUGGGGAAUGUGAAUGGGAGAGAAGAUGGGAAUGGAAGUCCCUCAGGGGCAGAAGAAGAAGGUGGAGGCAGUGGCAGUGUCCAGGAGGCCAUUUCCGCUUCGAAUAAUGUGUCUUCUGAAUUGAUGGGUCAAUCACCCCCAACAAGCCCUAGAGCUACCCAAUCUCCGUUGAUGUUCACUCCGCAAGUUCCAGCAGUUCCACUCCAAAGACCUGAUGAGAUGCAAGCUCCAAGUCAUGCUUGGAUGCAAGCUUCUUCAGCAUAUGACGAUAUGAGCAAUGAACAAGGAAUUCCAACGAUGAUUACUUGGAGUUAUGAUGGGAAAGAAGUAGCUGUGGAGGGAUCAUGGGAUAAUUGGAGAAUGAGAAUGCCCAUGCAAAGAUCCGGGAAAGACUUCACUAUAAUGAAGGUAUUGCCAUCUGGUGUUUACCAGUACAGGUUCCUAGUUGAUGGACAGUGGAGGUAUGCUCCUGACUUGCCCUGGGCUCAAGAUGAUGCUGGCAAUGCCUACAACAUUUUAGACUUACAGGAUUAUGUUCCUGAAGACAUUGGAAGCAUUUCUGGUUUUGAACCUCCUCAAUCACCAGAAUCAAGUUAUGACAAUCUACAACUUGGUUCUGAAGAUUAUGCAAAGGAGCCUCCAUUAGUUCCGCCGCACCUGCAAAUGACACUGCUUAAUGUGCCUGCUACAAACAUGGAGAUUCCACCUCCUUUGUCAAGACCUCAACAUGUAGUGGCUAAUCAUCUCUACAUGCAAAAGGGAAAAAACCAGUCCCAGUGGUUUGCGCUUGGUACAUCGCAUCGGUUUCUUGCCAAAUAUGAUGUGGUGCUGUACAAGUCUUUGCAGAGGUAAACGUAGAUGGGCCCGGACCAUGUAGUCCUCAAGCCUUUCAUUAGUUAAUGUAUCUUUGAGUAGUAUAGUAGUAUGAGAUAAAUGCUAACGCUCAUGAGUCAUGAAGCAAUUACAUGAAGUUGAGAUUGUACUACAUGUAACGGAACUGCUUGACGGCCAUUUAUCAGACGAUCUGGUUCCCGCAAGUAAAUUAUUCGGUUAUGUUUUUCUUUAGGAAUUUUGUUUAAAUAGAAGGGGGAAGUGAUAAUAUGCUAUUAUCACAUGUAGCUGAAUAUACACUUUGUUGAGUUAUCCUAUUUGAAUGCCCAUGUCACUGCAUUUACAUUUUUGCC